AUGAGUACAACAACAGAUUCAAAACCACCACACAGCAUAUCACCUUCACAAACAACAACGGAUUGUGUGCAAACUUCAAUUUAUCGGACAAAGUUUAUUGAGCAACAAAACUUAGAAAACUUUCAGAUCGUUUGGCUUGAUGCUAAUAUCAAUAAAACAGAUGAUAAUUCCCAAACAAUAUCUCGAUUACGUGCUUCUAUUAAUUAUCUAAAUAUAUUUGAUAAUGUUUGUGACUGUUAUGACUACAUAGCCGGUGUCCAAAAUGAAAAAGUAUUUUUAAUUGUAUCAGGUUCAAUUAGUCAAGAUAUAGUACCAUAUACUCAUCAAAUGCCACAAAUUCAAUUUAUUUAUAUAUACUGUUUUGACAUCAAAAAAUAUGAACAAUGGGCAAGGAAUUAUGACAUAGUGCGUGGUACAUAUACUAAUAUGAAUGAUGUUUGUGAGCAAUUAAGUAAAGAUGUCACCAGUUCACGUAAAUUCUUAUUCAUGAAUAUUCUUUCAACAAGCAUAAAAGAAAAAGAAAUAAAUAAACAAGAAGCUUCAUUUAUGUAUUUUCAAUUGUUAACUGAAAUCUUAACCGGAAUGGAACAUGAAGAUGAUGCAAAAACAAAUAUGAUUAAUCACUGUCGAUUACAAUAUAUUGGAAAUGAAAUCGAUUUAAAAUAUAUCGAUGAAUUUGAUAAGACUUAUAGUCCAAAUGAAGCC